CUCUUGCAAUACAUACGUGUAGGAGGAAGUAGCGGUCCACAUCGUAGCAAAGAUUCCACCGUUAUCCAAACACGAGGCAUACGUAAACGGAGUGACCUCCUUGUAAAACACAGUACACAUGGUUUGAGUGUCCUCCUCCUAAAACACAGUAGGCAGUUUUCGUUGGUAUGGAGAAGGGAAUUGCAUUGAAUGCAGCGAGAAGCUCACCCGCUCUCUCCUUUUGCAAGUGGCCAAAACUAAAAUUAGCAUCACAGGAUGCCAACUUCUUCAGGGGAUCGCAGUUAAUGGGAGUAGGGAAAAGAGUGAAUUUGAAAUCAUGGAGCACCAGCAGGAGCAAGUACAGGGUGGUGGAGGCGAAGGGUGGGAAGGGAAGGAGGGGCAUGGGCAUGGGAACAGGGAGGACGUACCAAAGACCCGCCGGACCUAUCAUUUCUAAGGCACCCGAUGACAAUCCCAGAUUCCUUGUCUUCGUCCGAACGCUCAAAGUUCCCAGAUGGUACCCCCUCAGCAUUAUUACAGGGGGCACUACAGCAAAGAUCAUGGUUGCAGCCAAGGAUACUUUUAUUGGUAAAUACAUAUACGAGAGCACGCUCACACGAAAUAUUGGUACAGUUGUCUACAAUGAUGAAGAAAAAAUUAAGAAUGCUGUAUUGACUCAAUAUCCAAUGCUUAAAGCAGCCUCUGGGUUCCUGUAUGGCUACAAGCUCAUAGACCCAGUUAAUCCAGAUUCUUCAAUUUAUCCUUCAAAUGUCACAAUGAUUCCACCGAAAGAAGAACUAAAACCGGUGGUUGAGAAGGUGAAAGAUUAUUUUGGGAAUGCUAUAAGUGGUGUGAAAGAAAGUUUUGGUAACAUUUCCAAUUUAAAAAUGGGAGCAGAGGAAAAUGAGGCAACUCCAAAAAAGGAAGAGAAAUCAGAGGCUGGAAGGACUUCUUAAUUUCCUGAUUUUGUUAAAAAAUUGCCCUCUUCAGACGACUUUCAAGGAGCUGUUGCAGAUUUUGAUUUUAUCUCAUUUCUGAAAAACAGGAUAACGUAUCUACUUGUAAAAAUUUGAAUUUUCUUUAUUAAUAUUUUCAUUAAUAGUUACAUCUUUUUGCAUAACUGGCCAAACGAGAGAGUGUGAAAGUUUAAUGUACAAGCUACUAGCCGCAGAGGAAUGUUACAAGUCAAUACAAUUGUUUACAUAUAAUUGGAACCUUCUUUAGUUUGUAUGCAAGACUAAGGUUUACAUAUAAUUGGAACCUUCUUUAGUUUGUAUGCAAGAUCAUGUCAGAUGUUAUUAAACGAAGUGUGCAUGCACCUCUUGCCCACUACUGUAAUUCCUUUGGUGCCAUCCAUUGAUUUCACAUUA